AUGAAGCUACAACUACAUGUGUGGGGCCCAGCCUUUAAUUUGCCCUCAAUUGAGGCGCAAUGUCUUGCUACCAUUGCAUAUUGCUCUCUAGUCCUCCCCAAGGAUUCGUGGGAGCUCAUCGCAAGCAGCGAUCCCUCCGUCUCCCCUACGGGUGAGCUGCCCGCUCUUCGGGAUGGCUCAGUCUGGGUGAGUCGGUUCCGCAAUAUCGUGGACUACCUGCGCAAGUGCUCAAACGGAGAUUGGGACCUGGAUCGGGACUUGAGCGAGUCAGACAAGGCCGAUAACACCGCAUUCUCCUCUUUUGUCGAAUCCCGCGGCCAACCUCUCCUCGACCUCUCCUUAUACGUGAGCAGCCAGAAUUACAACCUAAACACAUCGCCCGCAUAUGGUGCCCUUCUCCAAUGGCCCAACCAAUGGAUCCUCCCACCAAAGCUGCACAGCGCCGCUAAGGCCCGCACAGAACACCUGGGUCUCUCGUCGCUGGACCUACAGGCCAUGGAAGAGGAGCGGCAACGAAAACAGUCGGCUGCGGUAGCCACCGGUCAAAUCCCGAAGAACUUUAUCCAAAGCCCCCGCGAAACCGUCACCGGUCUCCUGGGCCGAACAGCCCAGCAGAACCACUUCCGCAUCGACGCCCUAACCGGCGAGUUCUUCGAGCCGUUAGAAGCCAUGCUGGGCCAGAAGUCCUACCUGCUCGCCAAUCAAUCCGACUCCCCCGCUAGUCUGGACUGCAUUGCGCUCGGCUAUCUUUCCCUUUCGCACAUCCCCGAUCUCAGCCAGCCCUGGCUCCAUGAGGCUAUGCGGGCCAAGGCCCCGCUACUGUCGGCGUACACGGAGCGUAUGCGCCGUCUCUGUUUCGGUCAAGCCCCAGCUGAGGUGGCGCAUGCGUUCGCGCCACAAUCGGCUCCAUCAUCAUUGCCCUGGUGCGCCCCCGGCCGUCUUUCGGUGGCUGCUGUCGGGAGCACACUUCUCGCUACGUUGGCGGAUUCCACGCCCUUUCUGCGGGAGGUCCGUAUGAAUAAUCGGUUGAAGCAAGAAGUCGAGUCGGACACGGGGCUGAAUGAGAUGGAACGCCAGGCCGUGUCCAUGUUUGCUGAUUUUGGUACGAAGGAUAUGUAUGUUUCUAUCUUGUCUGUUGUGGCUGGUACCGCCGCUCUGGUGGGCUACAUGUUUCACACUGGUUUGGUUACAGUGUCGACGCAGAGCGAAGCAUACGAAGAGGAGUACGACGAGGAACAAGAGGCAAAUGAUUUAGAAAUGCUCAAUCCAGGGCAGGCGGGUGACUUCCUGGGCAACCUGGGCAACGCGAGCAUUUUUUGA